CGGGUGGAGGAGCGCAGUUUCAGUUACUUUGAGGAAGACAACAGCGAUGAUCUCACUCUGACGGAAGAUGAUCUCAUUGGAAUGAUCGCGAACACCGCUUCGCGAACUGCCCCCUUGUUCCAGGAGGCGCUGCGCUUCUUCUGGGACCUGCGCACCUCUAGUGAACGCGGAACCUACGAGAAAGCCCUCAGGGAGGCCACCUACCCACCGCGUUUCUCCGCCGAUUGUAUCGAAGAUGAAGGUGAGUCCAGCAGUUUCCUCACCUGCCAUUUCUGGCUUGUUCUUCCCUGGAAGGCUGUUGUUUUGGUCUUUAUUUUGUCCUCAUACAGCGACUUUUCGGUGUUCUACGAAGUUCCGUAUGAGAUCCUGGUUGUUAACCGACGCAGGCACUGCUUGACAUCCACCGUUUCUCUUUUAACCACUUUAGAUAUCGAACUGGGCAGGCGAAUUGUGAAAAUCGGCUUUGUCAAUCGAUGCUUGUUCUUUGACGUACUGCGUGAGAUUCUGCAGUCCAUUUACGAGGGCGAAGACGCCGAGAUUCGCGAAAAUCGCCAGCCUUCCAUGAACAGCGCGCGCUUCAGGCUGUGGCAGGGUCCGAAUCGGCCGAGCAGCUUUGAGCGUCUCGAGCGGAUUGUGCGGCCCAAGCUGGAGGCGAAUCUGGGCGUGAGCCUGACGCCUCCGACGUCCGCCGACGCCGAGCACUACACCCCACCGCCGCUGCCCAACCUGCUCGGAGACGUCUCGCGACUGUCCCGUGUCGCCCAGUGGACCCUGCGUGACAAGCACUGGCUAGACCAGAUGGUCGAGGUGGAGAUGCGCAUGGAGGAGUUCUCGUGGCUCAACUACGCGCCCUACGAGAGACAGCUGUUUGAUGGCCUGGUUGAGGGCAUUAUGCGCGAGUUGCUUGAAGACGUCUGCAAACAGUGCAUCAGUGAGUUUAUUGAAGAGGGAUCCUUGGCGCAACAACGCUAAAAUUCCCCCGCCGGUGGAAUGGGUCUGGCACACUCCUUCACGAAACGGCAUCGGGCAAAGCCCAAAGAAUUCUCGCUGGACGCAUUCGUUGUCGAUCUGGUGAAGGGGAUGGCAGAGGCCACUGUCGACAGCGUCAUCAAAGAGCGGAGGUGGACAUUAAAUGCGCCGAGAUGCCUCGGCGGAGAUGUUGGCGUGACGAAUGGAUUUUCCAGAAAUCCAUCAUCAUCAUCACCACCACCAUCACCGCAAGCUAAGUCAGCUGCCGCAUCUAGGCAACACGGUGUGAUCGCGGGUGACGCGGUUGCCAAGUGCUCUUCACCAGACCUAAAAGUGCUUAGCUCCAAGGACGAAUUCUUUCGUUCCGCUUUCUUGUCAGUUGACCAACAAGGCGCUAAUGAUGCUAAAAAGGUCGACUACAGCCAAGACCAGGCCGACAGUUCGGAGGAUUCUAGCAGGUCGACGCUAGAGUCGACAAAUUCCACCACCAGUUCCUCGCCCCUGGAGGAUUCCACAAACACUGACGUCACUUCCACGCCUGCAAGAUCGCCGGAAGAGGAUGUGAUUGGACUGAUCGCGAACACCGCUUCGCGAACUGCACCCCUGUUCCAGGAGGCGCUGCACUUUUUCUGGGAUCUGCGCACCUCGAGUGAACGCGGAACCUACGAGAAAGCCCUCAAGGACGCCACCUACCCACCACGAUUCACCGCAGACUGCAUCGAAGAUGAAGACAUCACCAUCUUCAAGACUAUGGAGAAAAUUGGCUUUGUGAAUAGGGCCCUUAUGUUUGACCUUCUCCGUGAACUGCUGCUGCAAAUUUACGACGGCGAAGACGCAGAUAUCCGCAACAAUCGACAGCCCUUUGUAAACAGCGCGCGGUUUAGACUGUGGCUUGGAGUUAAGCGGCAAGUGCUUUGCUAGUACUUAAACUACAAAUUAUUAUCCAUUUUCUGCAGGCCAGAUAAAUUGGAUAAGCUCGAGAGCAUUGUCCGACCAAAAAUCGAAAGAGAACUUGUUGUCUGCUUGACAGCUCCAGCAGUUGAUGAGGCCGUCGUUCCUCCUCCGAGGCCAUGUGUGGUUCAUGACAUUUCACGAUUACCUCGACUCACUCAGUGGACCUUGCAACGAAAGGAUUGGCUCGACCAAAUACUAGAGUUGGAAAUGAGGGCCGACGAACCAACGUGGCUGAAUUACAAAGCUUACGAAAAGGAAGUCGUUGAUACCUUUGUUGAAAAAAUCUUACUGGAGACAUUUGAUGCGGCUUAUGAAAGAUGUUUUACGGGCAUGACUAAUGGCACUGUCGGUAUGAGAGCGAAGAUGGCAAAACGGCAAUCCACAUCUCCAUGCAAAGGAUUAUCUGAAAGAACAGGUGUACAAACUUCAAUUGACACUUCUCACACAAGAUAA